CGUACAACCCCCCAGAUGAGAGAGAGAGAGAGAGAGAAAAAUUCAGAUUCAAGAGAGUACAGCGACUCUCUCUCUCUCUCUCUCUCUCAGGUUUACUCUGCACUUUCCAUUCACUUCAUUCUUUACAUGUGUAUGAUUUUCGGAGUCUGAGACUCAAAGGCUGCUUAUAUCAAGUUUCACUCGUAAGAAAACAGAGUUAAAACUCAUUUUCCCUACAAAUUUCCUUCAUUUUCCCAGAAAGUUACAGAGAUGAGCAUAGCCAUCCUCAAAAGUUCGAACCUCUUUCUCAAGUAUUAGUUUUUUAGUCUUCAUCCUCUCCACUGAAAGCGAGUCUUAAAAAUUACUGUCUCUCUUCUGAAAAUUCUUCAAUUCGUCGGCUUUUCUGGAAGAUAUUAACUGGGUCUUAUUUAAUUGGAUUUACUUUUGAGCUAUUGUGAGUGAAAUGGCGGGUUGUUCAUCGGGGAUUGGAUUAUCACACUUUGUGAAUUUGCAAAACGAGGUUAUAUUGAGGACGCCUCGGAGUCGGAAUGUGAUGGUUGUUAAAGUUCAAGUCUUGAAUAAUGUAAGAAAUAGUACACCUAUUCUGUAUAAGAAGAUAAAAAGACUGUUUAUGGUCAUGAAAUCUGGUGUAGUAAGGACCCCAGUUUCAAAUGAAAGGGACAGUUCUUCUCUAGGGAAGGAUAUUAGGAUUCUGGAGAUAAACAACGAACCAAAAAGUCAUAAUGGUGGUGGCGGUGGCGGUGGCGGUGGCGGUGGUGGCAAUGGGGGAGGAGGAGGUGGUGCUGGUGGUGGAGAUGACAAUGAGGAAAAUGAAUUUGGGCCUAUUCUGAAGUUUGAGGAGGUGAUUAGAGAAAUUGAAGCUAGAGGGGCUACUCUUCCUGCUGAUAUGUUAGAGGCUGCAAAGAGUGUGGGGAUUCGCAGAUUGCUUCUGCUCAGAUAUUUGGACUUGCAGGGGUCAGUGUGGCCACUGGGAUUUGCAAUGAGGUCAUGUUCUAUGCUUCGGAACCGAAUGUUGGUUGAUCCAUCGUUUCUUUUCAAAAUUGGAACAGAGAUAGUUAUUGAUUCUUGUUGCGCAACAUUCGCUGAAGUACAAAAGAGGGGCAAAGAUUUCUGGGCAGAAUUUGAGUUGUAUGCUGCAGAUCUUUUGGUUGGGGUGGUUGUUAAUGUUGCUUUGGUUGGUAUGCUAGCACCCUAUGCACGAAUUGGUCAAGUGUCUGUAUCUCAAGGUUUCCUUGGACACAUACAGCGCGCUUAUGGGGCUCUGCCUAGCAGUGUAUUUGAAGCUGAGAGGCCCGGAUGUAGAUUUACUGUGAAUCAGAGAAUUGCUACUUACUUUUAUAAGGGCGUACUGUAUGGAUUGGUUGGCUUUGGAUGUGGUAUAAUUGGUCAAGGCAUUGCAAAUUUGAUAAUGACUGCCAAGCGGUAUAAUUUUGUGUGGCCAUGUCCUCCAUACAUCCAUACGCAUAAACCCGAUGUGUAUUUGAUUAUGCAUAAACACAUAAGAGUCUUUCCUCAUAAUGUUCUAUAUGCUUUAAUGCCAACACGAGGAAAAAAUCUUUGGAAGUUUGAUCCAGGUGGUCAGUUGGAUUUGGAGCAGUUGAUUAGACCAAAAGGGGAUCUUGCUACCAGGAAAGCAUAG